UAUCCCCAUAAAGGACUUCACCACAGUUUUUUUACUGGAUAUACUGAGCAGCUAAGCGUUUAAAGAAAAUGGCUGUAAAUAUAGACGAAUACGAUUCCCAGCUUCAAAGUGUAGAGCAAUGCUUACAGAACACCAAAAACGAGGAAGAGCGGAUUGCAUUAGCCAGUCUUAAGACAGAUCUUUUAGAACUUAUUGAAUUAACGAAGGAAACGCAUGAAAAGGAAGCGUUACAGAAUGAAGAUAGAUGUGGUCUCAAUGAAGAAUUGGAGAAAUUUAACAGCGAAAUAGCACAAUUGAGUAAUGAUGAUACAGCCGGCAAGAUCACGCAAGACUGUAGUGAAGAUGUGAAAAAAUUUCCAGAACUCGAGUUCGAACUAGAAAACAUUAUCGGCCAAAAGUGUUCUGCACCCCACCAACAUUCCUGGGGCGCAACAAGUUACCAUAACGCGAUAGUAUGUUCAAUUGAGGUUACUGCCCAUACGGCUCGCUUGCGAAUACUCUUCACCAAUCCAACUCAUCGCGAGAUGUUGCCUUGCUUGUUUUUCCUCGAAGGGGAGUGUCGAUUCGAUGAUAUGCAUUGCCACUACUCCCACGGCGAGCUUGUAGAUGUAGAUCAGUUAGGAAACUACACUGAACCAGAUUUUACUCGCCUUGCACGUAAUUGCGUUGUACUUGCGAAAUUACCUGACCGCCUUUGGCAUCGAGGUCGAGUUCUUUGCGCUAAUUUUAUAGAAAAGAUAUGUCGUGUUCGACUCGAUAGAAAAGAUGAAAAUAAACGGGAACGUGACUUUUCGUUUGAAGAUUUACUCCCAAUAUUCCAUGAUGAUGAUCUAUCUAGCGGAAGCUCGAGUGGUUCUGAUGACGAAGUAAUAAACUCGGAAGGUAGUGAAUAUAUGAAAAUUUCUAAGCGAACACAAUUAACGGAGCAGAGCUUAUUUGAAUUUAAGACUGCAGAGCCCCUAGGAGAGUGGGAAAAGCAUACGCGGGGUAUAGGAUCAAAAAUAAUGGCAAAAAUGGGCUAUAUCCAUGGGAAAGGAUUAGGUUCAGAUGGAGAUGGCAUUAUCAUCCCCGUGACAGCGAAAAUUUUGCCGCAAGGAUGCUCUCUCGAUCGCUGUAUGGAGUUGCGUGAAGCAGCUAACGGUGAUAAGGAUUUCUUUAGUGUAGAGAAAAAAGUGCGACUUCAAAAGAAAAGGCAAGUCAAUUACAAUACAAAGGCGUAUGAGCGCGAGGCUCAACGAAAAGAUGUAUUCACAUUCAUAAACGAUAAGAUAUUGCGAGGAGGUUUUGAUCUGAAAGACACACAGAAAAAAACCUCUCUAAGCAGCGAGACCACAAAAUCUUUGAAUGUGGCCAGCGUGCGUAUUGCUGAUGAUAUACGACGGAAGGAGAGGGAAAUUACAAAGUUACGACAAUCAAUGAGUAGAAAUACCAGCAGCUCAGACCUUCACAAACGAUCAAAACAGCAAUUGAAAAUAAAAAUGCAGGAAUUGACAGCUUUACGAAAAGAGGAAACUAACCUUUCCCAAGAGCAAGCAUCAAGAAAAACAAAAGAUAAACUAUGUGUAUUUUAGUCAUAUAUGUAAUACAGUAAUACUUCUAUAGCGGCUGUACGUUGAAAGCACAUCCGCCAACAUUAGAGGUCAGAUAUAUAAUGUUAUACCGAGAAAAGCAACCAGCCAAUGUACUCAGAAUGACGUUUUAAAACAAUAAAAAAUCAGGAGCGGUGCAGUAACCGUCAAUAUUUUACAAAAUUAAAUUUUAAUUUUAAAAGCAAAAAAAAUAAAAAAUGGUGCCGAGCUGUGCUGUUUGUAGAAGCAAAAAAGUAAGGAAAAUGAAAUCGUAUUGCAUGCGUCACUAUGUUGUACUACUUGAACAGCUGUCCCUAUCUACUAUCUAUCUACAGGCCCAGGGGGCCACCAAGGCUACCAAUCCUGAGUCGGUUGCAGCCUCAAUUAGAAGAAGAGUCUACGGCUCUCGAGGUCUUACCAGAGACUUAAACUUGGUACCACGGGGAGUAGGGGCCCCCAUGGUAUACUGUAUUUACUAUGGCCUACUCUUGGUUGUGGCCCCUCGGGAGUAACUUGGUUUUGUGGUUUAAUACCUAAAUGCGGGUAGAACCGGUAAUGGUUCAAUGUGGAGUUGCAUUGCAACCGGAUGCCGAAAUCCAGAGAACGGCAGAGGCCUCGAACCCUACCAAGGUGGUUAAUGUAUCCAAUCCACAUCGCCUUUUGGUACCGAAAGUGUUUGCAUUUCUUCGAGGUGCUUGCAUUUCGGUGAAGUGCUUGCAUUUCGGGGCGCUCAUCAUCGCAUUGAGUUGAUACAUUGUGCUUGUCGGGCACACGUGGGGUUAGUUUAUUUUAAACAACAGGUAUCCACGUUAAACCCUCACGCAUCUGUCCCUACCUACUGGCCCCGCGGUCACCGCGUAAGCGGAGGUACGGGUGUGACAACCCCGGGCACCCCAGUCAAAGGCUACCAGUCCCGAGUCGGUGAAGGCUCAACUGGUAGAAGUGUCUACGACUUUCGAAAGCAGGUUUGCGUGACUUCAAAUCCUUUCUAAUUUAAAAUCCGCUUUUAAUUAACAAAUAUAUUUGAUUUGUUUACCAAAUAACAAAUAAAUUUCAAAUCCUUUCUGAUUUAAAAUCCACUUUUCAUUAACAAAUAUAUAAGAUUUGUGAUUUGGUUUGUUGACCAAAUAAAAAUAAAAUUUAUUUGUGAUUUGAUUUGUCAACCAAAUAA